CGCGCGCCGCCCCGGCAGCUCUCGCGAGACCUCGGGCGAGAUCUUGUCCUCCGGCCGGGGGGGCGCUCUCGCCAAUCUCGCGAGAUUUGAGAGCCGCUGGCAGCCGGCGCUCUCGCGAGAGCCGCGCGCGCCGCCGCCGUUCCCGCCGCUGAGGCAGCGGCCGCCGCUCCCCCCGCCCCUCCCUCCCUUCCUUCCCCCCCCUCCCGCGGCCCGGGGCCGCUCUCCGUGGCCGCUCUCGCUUUUCCUCUUCUCCGCGCGCCUCUCGCGAGGCUCGGGAAGCCGCGCUGCCGCAGGCGCCUCGCGAGAUCUCGCUCUCCUCAUCAGCGUGCCGGUGAGUGCCGGGGCCGCCUCCCCUCCCCCACUCGCCUCACGGAAAUCUCGCGAGGCUUCUCUAAACUCCCGCCCCGCCGCUAGGCGCGCUCUCGCGAGAAUUGGCCGCCGCGCCUCUCGCAUUCCCAUUGGCUGCCGGCGGCCUCGCCCCGCCUCCCUCUCGCCCCUCGGCGCCACCUCCUCCCCGUCCCGCCGGCCGCUCUCGCGGGACUUGCGGCGACUCUCGCGGGAUCUCGGGCCGCGGCCGGGGCUCAGUGUAAGAUGGCGGCGGCGGCAGCGGCGGGACGGGCCCGGGCCGGGCUCUGACCCCCCCCCCCUGCUCUCCCCGCCCGCUCAAGCUCCCGGUUCCCCCCCCUCGCAGCGGCCGUGCCGAGGAUGGACUGGGAGUGAUUCCCGGCGGAGCACGAGGACCGGAACCCCCAAAAUGAAAGUGGAUCGGACGAAACUGAAGAAAACCCCCACAGAGGCGCCCGCCGACUGCCGGGCCCUCAUCGAGAAGCUCAAGGGCUGCAGCGACGAGCAGCUGGUGACAGAGCUGCAGCAGAUCAAGACAUGGAACAUUGGCAAGUGCGAGCUGUACCACUGGGUGGACCUGCUGGACCGUUUCGACGCGCUGCUGGCCGAGGCGGGCCGGCCGGUGGAGGCCAUGAGCUGGAUGCUGGCCUGCGACCGGCCCGAGCGCCAGCCCCUCAAAGCCCUGCUGCUGGCCCUGCUCAACUUCACCGCUCUGCUCAUCGAGUACAGCUUCUCCCGCCACCUCUACAGCUCCAUCGAGCACCUGACCACGCUGCUGGCCUCCUCGGACAUGCACGUGGUGCUGGCCGUGCUCAACCUGCUCUACGUGUUCAGCAAACGCUCCAACUACAUCACCCGCCUGGGCUCCGAGCGCCGCGGGCCCCUGCUGGCCCGCCUGCAGCACCUGGCCGAGAGCUGGGGUGGGAAGGAGAACGGAUUCGGGCUGGCUGAGUGCUGCAGGGACCUGCACAUGAUGAAAUACCCCCCCAGUGCCACCACCCUGCACUUUGAGUUCUACGCCGAGCCGGGCGUCGAGGUGAAGGUGGACAAGAGGGCCACCAGCACCACCCUGCACUACAUCCACAUCGAGCAGCUGGACAAGAUCUCGGAGAGCCCCUCGGAGAUCAUGGAGUCCCUGACCAAGAUGUACAGCAUCCCCAAGGACAAGCAGAUGCUGCUGUUCACCCACAUCCGCCUGGCCCACGGCUUCUCCAACCACAAGAAGCGGCUGCAGGCGGUGCAGGCGCGGCUCCACGCCAUCUCCAUCCUGGUGUACUCCAACGCGCUGCAGGAGUCGGCCAACAGCAUCCUGUACAACGGGCUGAUCGAGGAGCUGGUGGACGUGCUGCAGAUCACCGACAAGCAGCUGAUGGACAUCAAGGCGGCGUCCCUGCGCACGCUGACGUCGAUCGUUCACCUGGAGCGGACGCCGAAGCUGAGCAGCAUCAUCGACUGCACGGGCACCGCGUCCUACCACGGCUUCCUGCCCGUGCUGGUGCGCAACUGCAUCCAGGCCAUGAUCGACCCUUCCAUGGAGCCCUACCCCCACCAGUUCGCCACGGCGCUCUUCUCCUUCCUCUACCACCUGGCCAGCUACGACGCGGGCGGCGAGGCGCUGGUGUCGUGCGGGAUGAUGGAGGCGCUGCUCAAGGUGAUCAAGUUCCUGGGGGACGAGCAGGACCAGAUCACCUUCGUCACGCGGGCCGUGCGCGUGGUGGAUCUCAUCACCAACCUGGACAUGGCGGCCUUCCAGUCGCACAGCGGGCUGUCCAUCUUCAUCUACCGCCUGGAGCACGAGGUUGACCUGUGCCGCCGCGAGUGUCCCUUCGUCAUCAAGCCCAAAGUGCAGCGCCCGCCGGCCGCCGCCCUGCCCGAGGGCGAGGACAUGGAGACGGACAUGGAGGUGACCGACGUGGCCAUGGAGAGCAGCCCCGGCCCCUCGGCCGAAGCCCGGCCGGACCCCCCGGCUCCGGCCGCCGUGGCCGGCACCAGCGGCGUGGCCGGCCCGGCCCCACGCGGCGGAGUGCAGUGCAUCCCCCAGCGCGCGGCUUUGCUCAAAUCCAUGCUGAACUUCCUCAAAAAAGCCAUCCAGGACCCCGCCUUCUCCGACGGCAUCCGGCACGUGAUGGACGGCUCGCUGCCCACCUCCCUGAAGCACAUCAUCAGCAACGCCGAGUACUACGGCCCCUCGCUGUUCCUGCUGGCGACCGAGGUGGUGACGGUCUUCGUGUUCCAGGAGCCCUCGCUGCUGUCCUCGCUGCAGGACAACGGCCUCACCGACGUCAUGCUGCACGCGCUGCUCAUCAAGGACGUUCCAGCCACGCGGGAGGUGCUGGGCUCGCUGCCCAACGUGUUCAGCGCGCUGUGCCUGAACGCGCGGGGGCUGCAGAGCUUCGUGCAGUGCCAGCCCUUCGAGCGCCUCUUCAAGGUGCUGCUCUCCCCCGAUUACCUGCCCGCCAUGCGCCGCCGCCGCAGCUCCGACCCCCUCGGUGACACAGCCUCCAACCUGGGCAGCGCCGUGGACGAGCUGAUGCGCCACCAGCCCACGCUCAAGACCGACGCCACCACCGCCAUCAUCAAGCUGCUGGAGGAGAUCUGCAGCCUGGGCCGGGACCCCAGGUACAUCUGCCAGAAGCCGUCGAUGCAGAAGGCGGACGGGACGGCGGCGGCGCCGCCCCCGCGCUCCCCCCACGCCGCCGAGGAGGCGUCGAGCGAGGAUGAGGAGGAGGAGGAGGUGCAGGCCAUGCAGAGCUUCGGGGCCGCCCAGCAGAGCGAGGCCGAGCCCAGCCAGACCGUGGUGGGCACGGAGGAGCGCAUCCCCAUCCCGCUGAUGGAUUACAUCCUCAACGUGAUGAAGUUCGUGGAGUCCAUCCUGAGCAACAACACCACGGACGAUCACUGCCAGGAGUUCGUGGCCCAGCGGGGGCUGCGCCCGCUCGUCACCAUCCUGGGGCUGCCCAACCUGCCCGUGGAUUUCCCCACCUCUGCAGCGUGCCAGGCUGUGGCUGGGGUCUGCAAAUCCAUCCUGACGCUGUCCCACGAGCCCAAGGUGCUGCAGGAGGGGCUGGUGCAGCUGGAGGCGGUGCUGUCGGCGCUGGAGCCGCUGCACCGGCCCAUCGAGGCUCCGGGGGGCUCGGUGCUGCUGCGGGAGCUGGCGGCCGCGGGGGCCGUGGCCGAUGCCACCCUGUCAGCCCAGGCCACCCCCCUGCUGCACGCGCUGACCGCCGCCCACGCCUUCAUCAUGAUGUUCGUGCACACCUGCAGGGUGGGACAGAGCGAGAUCAGGGCCAUCUCCGUGAACCAGUGGGGGUCCCAGCUGGGGCUGAGCGUGCUGGGCAAGCUGAGCCAGCUGUACUGCUCCCUGGUGUGGGAGAGCACCGUGCUGCUGUCCCUCUGCACCCCAAACAGCCUCCCCCCGGGCUGUGAGUUCGGCCAGGCCGACAUGCAGAAACUGGUGCCCAAAGAGGAGAAAACGGCCCCCAGCCCCCCCCAGGGCGCCGCAGGCCAGGGGAUGGGGCUGGAGGGGGAGCCCCUGGCCCCGAUGGAGACGGACGAGCCCAGCGGGAGUGACCCCAAAGCCAAGGCCAAGAUCACCCCGGCCAUGGCCGCCCGCAUCAAACAGAUCAAACCCUGCUCUCGGGUGAGGAGGGGCUAA